GCGCGCGGCCCCGGCGGCGGGGCAGGUGUGAGGGCGGCGCCGCCAUGGUGGGCCUGCUGAGGGGAUGGCGGCGGCUCCCGGCCCUGGGCGCCCGGCGGCGCAGCUGCGGGCCCCGGCAAGGCGGCCCGAGCAGGGCCAGGCGGCUGCUGCUCUCGAAGCUCUUCCAGCCCCUCAACCUGCAGGCGGGGGGCAGCGAGGCGGGGGGGGAGGGCAGGGCCGGGGAGCCCCUGUGCCGCAGCCAGAAGCUGAUGCUGCAGGGGGGGCUGAUCCAUCCCGCCAGCCCCGGCUGCUACUACUACCUGCCGCCCGCCGUCCGCGCCAUGGAGAAGCUCGUCAAGGUGAUGGACGAGGAGAUGCAGGCCGUGGGAGGGCAGAAGCUGAACAUGCCCAGCCUGAGCUCGGCGGAGCUGUGGCGAGCCAGCGGCCGCUGGGAGCGGAUGGGCCCGGAGCUCUUCCGACUGGCCGACCGGCAUGGCAAGGACUACUGCCUGGGCCCCACGCACGAGGAGGCGGUGACGGAGCUGGUGGCCGCUCACACCAACCUGUCCUACAAGCAGCUCCCGCUGCGCCUUUACCAGGUAACCAGGAAGUUUCGGGAUGAGCCCAAGCCCCGCUUUGGCUUGCUGCGCAGCCGGGAGUUCUACAUGAAGGACAUGUACACCUUCGACGCCUCCGAAGAGGCGGCUCGGCAGACCUAUGACCUGGUGUGCAACGCCUACUGCAGCCUCUUCGACAGGCUGGGCCUUCCCUUCGUCAAAGUGCGGGCAGCCACGGGCAGUAUCGGCGGCACCAUGUCCCACGAGUUCCAGCUCCCGGCAGACAUCGGUGAGGACAGGCUGGUGCUGUGCCCCGAAGGACAUUUUGCAGCCAACGUGGAAACGCUAAAUGGGGAACAAACAUCUUGCCCCACCUGCGGGGAAAAACUCACACAGACUAAGGGAAUUGAAGUGGGGCACACGUUUUAUUUGGGGACCAAGUACUCCUCCGUCUCCAACGCCGUCUUCUUGUCCCCUGAGAACAAACCCCAGCUGGCAGAAAUGGGUUGCUACGGCCUGGGGGUCACUCGCAUCCUGGCGGCCUCCAUCGAGGUGCUGUCUACGGAGGACAGCAUCCGGUGGCCGAGCCUCAUCGCGCCCUACCAGCUCUGCUUCAUCCCCCCCAAGAGAGGCAGCAAGGAGGAGGAGGAGGGAGCGGCGCUGCUGGAGCGGGCGUACGAUGACCUGGCCGAAGCCCUGCCCCACCUCGCCCGCGACUCGGUGCUGGAUGACAGGACACAGCUGACCAUUGGCAAAAGGCUGAAGGACGCCAACAAACUGGGUUACCCCUACGUGGUCAUCGCUGGGAAGAGGGUUUGUGAGGACCCCCCGGUCUUCGAAGUGUGGAAUCAGAACGCCGGUGAGGUUUUGUUCCUAACCAAGGAAGGUGUCAUUGAGCUGAUGAGUAAAGUGCAAGUCCCUUAAACUCCCCCCCACCCCCCCGUCUCUGAAUCUCUCCUCUCUGCUGCACUGAGUUUAAAUGAACAGCCCUGGGAUGUGCAGGAUGUCGGUGACGGCUCUGCAGGAGCGGAGCAGAAUCCAGCUCACCUCAGAGCUGGCCUCGGUGUCUUGCAACGGCGCUGAGGUUCAUCUGGGAUCAGCUCCAGUUCCUCUGUGGGACCAAGGGUGUUUCUCCCUCUGGCUAUAGGCUGAUUUUACCAGCAUGUAUAGCCUUGUACGGCUGUGGGAGCACUGGCAGGGCCAGCCCCUCACUGCCCAGCCAUGGCAGACAGACUGGCAAUGGCCUCAGUCGAGCCCACACAAUAGCUGAGGCUGCAGGAGCGGGGAGAGGAGGGGCUUUCCCUCGUCCCUCUCAGGUGCUGAGUUGCCAGCGUGAGGGGUUUUAAGAGGGAGGGAGAGGAAGGCACCUUUCCUCCCUUGGCACCUUCUCUGUGGAGACACCCAGGUUCUGUGAGGGUGGAGGCAAAUCUCAAUUAAAGCAAGAUGGUGCACCCUA